AUGCCUUUUCUCGAGCAUUUUGAGCCGACACUCAGCGAUGUCCUGGUCGUGCGCGCCAUGCUGUCCCAAGCUGUGAUUCUUCCAGAGCUUGUCGGAACCAUCAUGGAUUAUGCGGAAUAUUGGGCUCGAUCAUCUGCCAAAGCUCACCCGCACUUUUCCAUUCAUGCAGAACAAGUUGGCGAUGGUGAAUUCGAUUUCCAAGGAUCCACAUUCUUGCUGAGAUCCUUUCCUAUCGGGCUCACAGACGACGUGAUUCGAGACGAAGACGGUGGUUUUUCCCGUACAGAUUAUCAGACUGAAGGAAUUGCCGCAUGGCCUGUUGAAAAAGAAUACGAUCGGAAAUUCUUCCAGGAACUAAUUAGAAACACUUCUACACAGAGCAAUCCUGUGCGAAAAAUUGUAUUUCGCAUCCGCAGCCACGAUCAAGGAUGGACCACAGACGAGAGGACAGGCCCGUUUAUCGAUGCCAAAACUUGGUUCGAAGCUGGUAUCGAGAGAUUUGAUGCUAGCCAUGAGUGUGAACGAUGCCCAGAUAUAAAGAAAUUGCCAAUUUGCAAGCUGAGAGUAGUCGAGCCCAAACCGGAAAAUUCAGUAAGCCAUAAUGGCGAUCCCGGGUAUCGCUAUGGACAUUCGCCCUGGAAAGGCCCACGGGAAAUCCUGCGCAAUAAAGUGGCCUCUUCGGAAUGGACAAACUACGAGGUGACUUGGACUUGCUGGGACGUCGUCGCUCCAGGAUCGAAAGAAGCGCAGAAAGCCAUGGAGGAGGGCAAAGGGCCAAUGGAUGGCGACGGCCAAUUUGUGCGAAGUCUUAAACUGGGCGAUGUGAUUACAGUGUGGGGGAGGGCAAUGCAUCGCGGAUGGGUGAAUGUGGUUGACACGGUCGAGAUGGACGUUUAUUGGGCACUUUAG